AUGGUGACAGCAGACAAAGGCAUCAGAGGGAUCCUCUACCUCCUUGUCAGCUCCAUAGUUGUGCUCACCGUGGCUGGAAACAUGCUGGUUAUCGUCUCCAUCCUCCACUUUAAACAGCUCCACACCCCAACAAACUUCCUCAUCCUGUCCCUGGCUGUAGCUGACCUGCUGUUAGGGGUUCUAGUCCUCCCUUUCAGCAUGGUGUACAUCAUAGAGAACUGCUGGUACCUGGGGCACCUCUUCUACCGCUACUACGCAGUGUGUCAUCCUCUACGCUACACGAGGACCAUCACUGUUCAGACAGCUCUAAUUAUGAUAUUGGUUAUCUGGGGAGUGUCUGUUUUUGUGGGUUUUGGGAUAAUCUUCCUGCAUCUAAACAUCCUGGGUGAAGAGGAGUUCUACUAUGAGCAUAUGGUCUGUGAGGGGGGCUGUGUGUUAUACCAGACAGCCACCUCUAGCUCCGUCUCCUCCUCUCUCUCCUUCUACCUCCCUGCACUCAUCAUGCUCUGCAUCUACCUCAAGAUCUUCCUGGUGGCCCAGAGACAGGCUCGCAGCAUCCAGAGCACCACCUUCCAGAACCAGAACUCUGGAGCUGUGGCCAGCAAGUCAGAGAGAAAGGCCUUCAGAACCCUGGCUAUCGUUAUGGGAGUCUUCCUGUGUUGCUGGACUCCUUUUUUUCUUUGCAAUGUCUUCAGUCCUCUUCUUGGAGACUCUAGCCCCUCUCUUCUUAUGGGCACGACGAUAAUUGGCUAUUCAAACUCUUCUCUCAAUCCUAUAGUGUAUGCCUUCUUUUACAGUUGGUUCAGGAGAGCAUUUAAGAUGAUUGCUUUCGGUUCGAUAUUUAAGACAGAAUCAUCAAACACUAAAUUGGUCUUGGAGUGA